GUUACCCAUUAACCACCGGGGCACCAUAAAGGGACCCCCCCCGAACCACCGUCCCUGUCCCCCCCCCCACACCUCCUGCAGCCAUGGGGGCUCCGCUGCUGCCCCUCGGCCUCCUCGGGCUCCUGCUGCUCCAGGCGACCCCCGCCCCGGCACAGCUGGUGACUCUGGUGACCCCGGCCGUGCUGCGGCUGGAGACGGACGAGCAGGUUGUCCUGGAGGCCCCCGGGCUCUCGGCGGCCACCGAGGCCACGCUGCUGGUUCAGGACUUCCCGCAGAAGCGGCAGGUCCUGUUCCAGGCGCGGCUGCCCCUGAGCCCCGCCGAGGGCAUGAUGGCCACGGCCACCGUCAGGGUCUCGGCCAAGUCCCUCCCCGCGGGGACAGGGAAGCGUUUCGUGACGGUGACGGCGCGGGUGGGGCAGGCGGUGCUGGAGAAGGUGCUGCUCGUGUCGCUGCAGAGCGGCCACAUCUUCCUGCAGACCGACAAACCCAUCUACACCCCCGACUCCACCGGUGCGCCCCGGGGACCCCCCCCCCGCGGCUCCUCGGGGGGACGGAGGG